AGCAUCAGUAGUAAUUUCUAUUUUUCCGACGAAAAGUAUGAAAUUUCCUCUAAUUUCGCUAUACUAUUUAACAAUUUACCAUCGAAAUUAAAAACUCAAUCUUUUCUCCACACCAAAGAUUACGAUAAUACGUAUGUAUCACGUGUUAUUCAAUAACGUUACCGAUUUAUUUGACGGGUCACAUUUAGCAGACAGAGGACAAAUUCACGAAAAGGACGAAACAACAGAAAAUAUUAGAAUUAGCGCAAUAAAUGCCAACAAUUUUGACGUCACUUCCGUAGAAAGCACACGCGAAUCGUGUGUUCGCGGCAAAAGGCGAGGAGUCGUAGAUCAGCACUUUCAGUGUAGGAGGAUGCCGCGACUCUCCAACGACAACAAAUUCCUCGUUCACUGUGUGCUCGAUUUAUUCUGCAUCGCAGUCAAAAAAACCUGAAACUGCAUGUGACACAUAUACACAUGGUCCUACUGUAUUGUUAACUUGAGUAUGACUGGAACAUAUUCUUGGAAAUAACAAAUUUUCUUAUUGGCUGUACAAAUUGACAGUCUGGCAGAAGACAGAAGUAUGAAUUAUUUUAUCUUUUUUUUGCCAAUGUUACUGGAUGGCACAAGCUGACAGUUAUGGCUGUUGAAAUUGGAUUUGGCAGUUUUAGUUUGUAUCUAACCUAAUGGUACUGAUUUUGUUAUAAAAUAUAUUUCAUUUCAUAAUAUUUUUUAAUUUUUUUAAUGCAUUGAUAUAAAACUAAUAUUUUUUGAAAAACUAUAAAAUAUUUAAUUUGAAUAACAUUUAUCAGAAUAAAUAACAAAUGUAACUUACCUAUGGUACUGUUGACAUGGCACAUGGAUCUUUACCAUAAGGAUCUGCCAUACAGGCAUUGAUAACUUAUUCAUGGAGUUGUCAAAAGCUUUCACAAAUUUAAUCCAAACUUUUGGCAUUUGUAACCUAUAAUGAAACACAAUAUAAGUUCUGGAGCUUGUAGGAGUAGAGUAUAUACAUAAGUCAAUUUUGAAACCAUCAACUUUAGAAAUAUUUAUGAUUACUACUAUACUUUUAGCUGAAACUCAUAUGUUAUCUUAGAAAACAAUUUCUGCUAGCCAUUACAAAAUUUUGUUCAAUUAAGAGCAACAUAUAAUUGAACUAAAUUUUUUCUAACUUUUUUUUAAAAAGGUAAGUUUUUAAUUAUUUUCAUCUUUUAUGUAAAUUAAUAUUUUAAUAAUAAA